UCAUGCUUUAAGACGGCAUAGGACACUCAGGUGUGCGCGCGCGCGUAGACAGAUUUAAAUUUGUAUAUAUAUAUAUAUAUUUUUUAAUUAAAUCCAAUACCAGCAUUCUAGCUAUUUUAUUCAACAAAUUGUUUUUGGCACCAAAUUGUCUCUACGCUGUGACAAUCUUAUUUUCAAAUCACAAAAUUUUUUUGUUGCCUAACACAUCGACUAAACGAACACAACACACUUCUAUCUAUUAUAACACAAUAUAAUACAAGUUAAUUCAUCACAAUCUAACAACAUCACAUAAGCUAAUUCAACACAAUAUCAUUCGUCUCGUAUUUAGAAUGAAACAAUUCUAAAAAGUACGAAACUGAAACUGUCCUAGCUCUGAAUUGGUUAUUAUUUAUUAUUUUUUAUCUCGGAUAAACCAAUCCGCUGUGCUUCAAAAAUGCUUGAGAUAACUUGUAAUGACCGACUGGGAAAGAAAGUCAGAGUGAAGUGCAAGUAUCCUUCUGCUUCCAAAGAGAUGAAUAGUCUUCCUCUUUAUUGUAUGUGUGCCAGAUAUUUUCUAUUUUUAUCUUCUUUCAGGUACACCAUAUUUAAAGAUCACAUCACUUUAAAUGACUAUGAAAUCCAUGAUGGCAUGAAUCUAGAACUUUACUACCAAUAAAUCUGGCGAAGAACGCUUCCAGACAGCUCCAGUUUUUUUAUACAUUUGUCUGUGCAUUUUUUCCCUUGAAUUUUUUUUUUUUUUUUUUUUUU